CGCCUCAGGGCCCUCAGCGGAGCCAGCGCUCAGGGCCCGCAGCGUCCCAUCGCCCCACGGCCGGGCCCCUCCAGCGGCGCGCAGCGGGCUCCGCGUUCCCUGCGGAGGGAGAGAUGGGGGGGCGGCUCCCGCCUCGCCCCGUCCGCCUCCACCUCCUUCGCCUCUGCCGCGGCGGCCGCUCCCUUUUCGCCUCUUCCCCCUGCCCCAACCCCGGCAGCCUUGUGCUCAUUCAGGAGGUGCCGGGGAGCGUCGCCGAUGCCAUUGUUCCCACAGCCGCGGGACCGGCGUCCGGGUGUGUGCGUGUUGUCCCCCACCAUCACCUCACACCCCCCUUCCCGCCGCUCGCCGGGCGCGCGCGUCGCGCCGCCACCGGGCAUAAAGGGCGCGUGGCCGCGGCACCGCACACCCACACAUCCCACACACACACGGGAGCCGGCGGGACGGAGCGGUCUCACCUGCCGCUGGGCCCGGGGACAGGUGCCGCUGCCAGCGGAACGACUGGGAGCCGGUCCCGGAAUGGGAGCGCGGCCUCCGGGUGGGGGAUUCGGGCGGCCCUGUAGGCGAAAGUGGCUGAGGGGACAGCAUUCACCGAGAGGAGAGGUGGCAAGCCCCGCGAGGAAAGGCGGCAUCCCCCGGGCAUGGGGAAGACAGGGCACCGGUGAUACGCUUAUCGCGGCAAGAGAAGAUGGGCGCCGGGAGGAAGGCAAAGCAAGCGGCUCGCGGUCGGUGCCUCGGCCGCCGGGAAGGGCAGGCCAGGCCAGGCCGUACCGGCAGGUGGUUCCCAAUGGAGGCGGUCGGCGGGCCGUGCCGCUGGGCUGCCAGCUUUCCCUCCCAGGCAUUGCUCAUUCGGGUCAUAGAAGUGAAACUGACUCCCGCGUGAAGUCUGUCAAUCGCUUUCUAAUUCUGCAAAGAGCAGUAGAUACCAGAAGGGAGCAGGGGAAGAGGAUGGGAAAUGGGGUCGGGGUCCCAGCAACUCUUCGGGUUUAUUUUCAUGAUCACAUUAUUAAUGCAUAACUAUGCUUGACGUUCAGGUUCCAUUAAAAGCAAGAGGCUGCCUCAUCUCCAGCUUGCUUAGGACUUGCUGAUGCCCAACACCUAAAGAGGAAGGCAUGGAUUCAUCAGACACUGGACUUUGCAGAUCAGGAGAGUGAGAGAAACAGGUGUUUUGCCCUGCUGUGGAAAGAGAUGAGCAGUUAGGAGCUUUGACUGAGGCCGCAGACGGAGUCACUGUCACUGCAGCACCACAUCCCAGUCUGAUCUUGAAAGAUGGCAUUUCUCUCUCCCAUCACCAUAGUGCUAUGGAAGUCACACAGAAGACACGUUGACAGAUUUGCUGUUAAUCUGCAUCAGACUGCAACGGGGAAGGCCCAACCUCCCCCUCCAUCUCCAGUGUAAUGUACACACUCCCCCACCAGGGAAUCUACCACUGGGACACGUGAUGCUACUACACAGCCUGGAGGAGAGCUGGCCAGUGCAGAUGCUCAUCUGCAUUCAUCACACCAGCUGAGGAAUGGCUCCCCAGGCAAUUACUAGCAUGUUGAAGCUCUGCAACACAGAAAACUGUUCAGAGGAAAAACCUUCUCCAGCUUUCAGCCCAGUGACAUUUCUAACCCUUGUGCCAAAAGAGAAAGGAAUCUUCAGGACUGAAAUAUUCUCAUUUUCAGCCUUUGCACAUGAUCUGCUGCAAGCAACAGCAGAGAAAUUAUUUACUUCUAACCACCAGCUCCUGCAGGGUGGGGAGAGACUAGGGAAGGACAACACAUGAGUUGGGUUUUUAUUAGCCACAAAACAGGAAAGGGAGAUGCCUGAGAAAAAGACUUUUGAAUAAACCUUUGCUAACUGCUUCUGGCAGUUCAGAGAUAACUGCACCUUGAAAGCCAACCUCACCACUGUCAGAAACUAAAAAUGAGACAAUUAGUGAAAAUAAAAGGAAGGUGGUAAGCUAGAAUUCUGAGCUGCCACCACAGUAACAAGGCAUCACUUUGCUUCUGCACUCCAAGAAUGAAAAUAAAAGGUCCUCCAUUUGCUACACUUUAAA